GGAUGAUGACGGUUGAUGCUGACAAUAGUCAUGGCGAUGGCGGUUGGUGCUGGAGGAGGAGAAGAAAGCAAAGAUUGGAUCUUGGAGCCACUCUCCUUGCCGGAGUCCCCUAGUUGCAGACGUUACACGUCCAGUCCUCCAGCAUUACCUUGCAUAUUUUGUGAAGAAUGUCAUCCUGCAGCAGAUCAGGAAAAGCUUCUCAAGCACAUGAUCCUGGAACACAAGCUGGUGAUCGCAGACAUGAAACUGGUUGCAGAUUUCAGAAGGUACCUUUUAUAUUGGAGGAAAAGAUUUACCGAGCAACCAAUUUUGGAUUUUUGCAGUGUGAUAAAGACCAACUCCCAAGCUCCUGAGGAAGAACAAGAGACCUACUUCCUCCUGUGUGACGUUUUGCCAGAAGACAGGGUGCUUCGGGAGCAACUUCAGCAACGAAGACUGGAAGAAGUUUUGGAACAGCAGCAGUGGGAAAGAAACGACAAUAACUUGAAUCGUGUGUGCAUGUUUUGCAGUGAAGAGUUUGCAGGAAAUAGGGCUAUUUUCUUGAACCACAUGGCCAGAGAUCAUUCUUUCAACUUGGGUCUUCCUGACAAUAUUGUGUACUGCAACGAAUUCCUCGAUUUGCUGCAGAAAAAACUGGACAAUUUGCAGUGCUUAUAUUGUGAGAAAACAUUCCGUGACAAAAAUACACUGAAAGAUCACAUGAGGAAAAAACAGCAUCGGAGAAUCAAUUCUAAAAAUAGCGAGUAUGACCGCUUUUACAUCAUCAACUAUCUGGAACUGGGGAAGAGUUGGGAGGAGGUUCAGUCUGAAGACGACAGAGAAAUGAUGGAUGAGCAGAAUGAUGAUUGGUCUGAUUGGCAAGAUCACCCAGUUUGUGCUCUUUGUCUCUUCUGUGAGAAUCCCGCAGACAGCACUGAAAAUUUGCACUAUCAUAUGAAGGAGGCACAUGGAUUUGAUCUACUGAAACUGAAGUCUGAAAUGGGUUUAAACUUCUACCAGCAGGUGAAAUUAAUCAACUUCAUCAGAAGGGAGGUCCACCAUUGCCGAUGCCACAGCUGCCGGGAAAGGUUCAGCUCGAAAGCAGAAGUGGUGAAUCACAUGACGGAAACAAAACACAUCAUGUCCCUGCUGGAUCAGUCAGCAUGGGAUCAACCACAGUAUUACUUUCCCACGUAUGAAAACGACACUCUUCUGUGCACGCUGUGGGAUAGUGAGAGUGAAUCAGGGACUGAGAGGCGAGCAGUGAGAGUUCCCGUUAUCGCAGAAGAUAUUUUGAACUUAGAAGCUUUAAAACAGACCAGUGUUUUGAACAAUUUGCUGCAGCAACCAUUUGGCAGAAACUAAAGUGGAUCCUGUUAUCUACACCGUUUAACAACCUGGCUUCCUGAGGGAUUCUAUAAACAUAAGCAAGCAAUGUCAGGAACAUAGGAAUAACGUGGCCACCCAAAUUCUUCCGGGUUAGUCAAUGAUAUGGUGGGUCUGAUGUGUGUACUUACUUGUCAACACUUCACAAUAUUCUGUGAACCCGCUGGAAAUCACAUCUGAUUACAUGAAGGUGCAGUGAUUCUGCCAACAUAGCCUUUCCCUACCACAUAACUUAGGAGGCUUUUUUUUAAUGAAGUAUGGUGCAUGAUAUAUGGCAAAGUAUAAAGUUUCACUUUACUCUAUUUGGCAGGAGAAAAGGCUCGCAAGUAUUGUUGAAGCAUUUUGAGAAAUGUUGUGUUGAACUAAGUUGUCGCUCAGUUUUCUAACUUGGUGAUUUAAUCAAUUUUUUUNAAAUGGUGUGGAGGGAAGUCUAUAGCGUGCUUUCACAGCACCGCUGCCUGAUAUUUGAUAUACACACGGACUGUAUACGCAACAGGAAAUGUUCACAAGUUGUGUCAUCACUCAAAAAAGAAAAUGACUGAAUACAAGUACGUAAACAAUCAUCUGAGCAGUCUGAUGAAUUUCAUGGGAAAAAAUGUACAUUUUAAAACUUAACAUUUAGGUGAUAUUGACUGCAAGUCAUACAUAUGAAAAGUUGCGGUUGUAAAUAUGGAAGUGAAAGAUCAUGCUCAACAAAUUUCUUAGAAGAGCUGCCAGAUUUUUUUGGGUCUCACAACUUGAGCUGUUUUUAAAACCAUGACCUAUUGGAAUGACUUUGUGUUUCUUUCACCAACGGUUCCUCAGAUUGCAGUGGAAAAUACAGUGACAUCAUUUUGUUUAUCUUUAAGCAGAAAAUAAAGUUUCAAAAGGUU